AUGGACGAUGCUGGGUCAGGCCUCAGCCACAGCAGAUCCGUUGUCCUCUCACCCGCCGAAGCUGCGUCCCGCCACCUCGAGCUCGCCCGCCAGAGAGUAGUAUCGUUCGCAGCCGUCAGCACAAGGGCUGCACACACCGCGAAGAUGAUAGAGCAACGACAGGCUGCGACCGAGACGGCCGUAUCGGCGCCCGGAAAGGUGCUGCUUGCGGGAGGGUACCUGGUGCUGGACAGGGACUACACGGGGACUGUUUGUGCCCUGGAUGCCAGGAUCCAUGUGGUGGUGCAACAACAGAGUGUGAAGAGACGGCCGUCCGCCACGGAUACGCAAACAGAAGCUCCUUCACAGCUGAGCGGCGGUCAGGCAGCAGCGGACGGCAGCUCAGGAUCAGCUGAAAACCCACCGGCCAUCGUCAACGGCGGGGCGCAGGAAGAAGCGGUGCAAGAUACUGUCAUCGUCAAGUCGCCGCAGUUUGUUGAUGCCGUAUGGAAGUACAAGAUCCAACGAUCUGACAACGGAGGCGGCGUCAGGGCCGUGCAGUGUGAUGACGGGCCCCGAAAUCCAUUCGUUGAGACAUCUUUAAAUUACGCUCUUACCUACGUGAGCUAUGUCUCUGCCUCUCAGAAUAUUGGAUCUCUUGUCGUGACCAUUCUUGCGGAUGACGACUACUACUCUGAAACUACGGCGAGCAGUACAUCCGACAGCAGCUAUGCAGGCUUCAAGAAGUUUGGUGUCCGGUUGCAGGAUGCACAUAAAACAGGCCUAGGCUCGUCUGCCGCACUGGUAACCGCUUUAGUUUCCGCGCUCGUCGUGCAUCGGACCGUGCAACCCGAAAAGCUCUCCCAAAACAGAGCAAAGCUACAUAACUUGGCUCAGGCUGCACACUGCGCUGCACAGGGGAAGAUUGGCUCUGGUUUCGAUGUUGCUGCUGCUGUUUACGGAUCGUGCUACUAUAGACGGUUCUCUCCGUCCGUGCUUGCUAACUUGGGUGAACCCGGCUCACCCAACUUUGAGGAUCGCCUGUUUGCUAUUGUCGAAGAUGUCGAUGCAAGUGCACCAUGGGAUGCCGAGUGCCAUGAUAUCGGGUUCAAGCUCCCCAUGGGUAUACGAAUGGUUCUCUGCGAUGUUGACUGUGGCUCCCAGACUCCAGGCAUGGUGAAGAAGCUCCUUCGCUGGCGAGACGAAAACCGCGAGGAAGCGGACAUCAUAUGGGCUAACUUACAGCUAAACAACGAGAAGAUACGACUUGAACUGAAGAAACUGCUGCACAGUCCGGGGGCAGACUUCAACGAGCUACGCAACUUGCUGCUCAAGUCAAGGAUGUGGAUUAAGACAAUGACGAAGAAGAGUGAAGUGCCCGUUGAACCAAUGGUACAGACCGAGCUUUUGGAUUCUCUGGGCAAACUGGAUGGCGUUAUUGGCGGUGUUGUUCCCGGUGCAGGAGGCUACGAUGCAAUCGCCUUGCUUAUGAUAGAUGACCAAGAUGUCUACAACGACGUCUGCACGCACCUAAAAGACUGGCAUAGCACCGUCGAGGAUGAUUUUGGCGGCAAGAUCGAAAGAGUCCGUCUUCUUGGAGUCGGCUACGGUUCUGAAGGCAUCUUGAACGAGCUUCCAGUCCGGUACAGCGGAUGGAUAUAA